AUGUCCGAAACCCUUUCGGGGUUCGAAGAGGCCAACCAUCUCACCCUUUACCGUGGUGGCGAUAGACAAGACAAACAAAUAGGGGUGGCCGACUGUGGGCUAAAUGUUCAUAAGCAGUGCUCCAAAGUCGUGCCGAACGACUGCCAGCCGGACCUCCGUCACGUGAAGAAGGUUUACAGCUGCGACCUGACGACGCUGGUCAAAGCGCACAACACCAAGAGGCCCAUGGUGGUGGACAUGUGCAUACAGGAAAUCGAGGCGAGAGGUCUCCAGUCGGAGGGUUUGUACAGGAUAUCAGGCUUCAGUGAGCUCAUUGAAGACGUGAAGCUGCACUUUGACAGAGAUGGAGAGAAGGCGGACAUCUCCUCAAAUGCUUAUGAGGACCUGAACAUCAUCACUGGAGCGCUCAAACUCUACUUCAGAGAGCUGCCUAUCCCCCUAAUAACAUACGAUGCAUACCCACACUUCGUAGAAACAGGAAAGAUUACAGACACGGAAAAACGUCUGGAGUCUCUCCACGAGGCGCUGAAGCUGCUGCCGCCGGCUCACUGCGAGACGCUGCGAUACCUCAUGGGUCACCUCAAGAGGAUUGUUGGGGGCAUCUCUCCGGGAUGGUUCUGGGUAGGGUCUUCCGUUGCUGCUGGAGAUGAGAUCAUGCAGCAGGAGAUCCGGCCGCUGCUGGCUGUGGACAUCAUAGAGCAGCUCCACCGCCAGUUUGCCUCACUCUCAGGAGCCAACACUGUCAUCAUCCCCUAA